GCAGGAAACCCUCCCGGAGGAGGUUUACCCCGCCCGCUCCUGUAUCGACUGCCUGGAGCCCAGUGUGGGAAAGCCCUAGAGCCCGAGGCAGGUGCCCGGGCGGGGCGGCUUCUGCUGAAGCAUUUCCUGUCGGCCCCACCUGGUGGGGGCGGAACUGAGGACGCGGCCCCAUGUCCACAGGACAGCGAGGAGCGGAGACCAUGGGAUCUGAGUACAGAGAUGAAGACACUGAAGCAUGGAGAGGAUAAGUAAUCACUAGUAACUGAAAGAACCGGGAUUCAGAUCCAGAACAGGCUGACUCCGGAGUCCCUCUGUUUACUUACUGACUGUCAUGUAGUCUCCUUAACUACUGCCUGAGCUCUGCAAUACCAGAGUAAAGCUCUUCUCCAAAUGAAGAGCCAGGAAGAGGGAGAGGUGACAGAAAUUAAACUACUUAAAGCCAUGUCCCCGGGUUCAGUGACUUUCACAGAUGUGGCCAUAGACUUUUCCCAAGAUGAAUGGGAGUGGCUGAAUCUUGCUCAGAGAAGUUUGUACAAAAAAGUGAUGUUAGAAAACUACAGGAACCUAGUUUCAGUGGGUCUUUGCAUUUCUAAACCAGAUGUGAUCUUCUUACUGGAGCAAGAGAAAGACCCUUGGGUGAUCAAAGGAGAGACGACCAGAGGCCUGUGCUCAGACUUGGAGUAUGUGUGGGUGACCAAGUCAUUAUCUCCAAAUCAGGAUAUUUAUGAAGAAAAAUUACCCCCCACAAUAAUAAUGGAAGGAUUUACAAGUUAUAACCUUGAAUGUUCAACAUUAGGGAAAAACUGGAAAUGUGAAGACCUGUUUGAGAGGGAGCUUAUAAAUCAGAAGACACAUUUUAGACAAGAGACCAUUACUCAUACAGAUACUCUUAUUGAAAAAAGAGACCACUUCAACAAAUCUGGGACAGAUUUUCAUCUGAAUACUUUAUCUUAUAUAAAACAGGUGUUUCCCAUAGAAAAGAAAACAUUUCAUUUUCAAACAGAUAAGAAAAGCUUAAAAACACAUUCAGUUGUGAAAAAACACAAGCAAGACUGUGGAGAAAAGAAACUUUUAAAAUGUAAUGAUUGUGAGAAAAUGUUCAGCAAAAUCUCAACCCUUACUCUUCACCAAAGAAUUCAUACUGGAGAGAAACCCUAUGGAUGUAUUGAAUGUGGAAAGGCCUUUAGCCAGAGUGCCCACCUUGCUCAACAUCAGAGAAUACACACAGGAGAAAAACCCUUUGAAUGUACUGAAUGUGGGAAAGCCUUCAGCCAGAAUGCUCAUCUUGUUCAACACCGGAGAGUUCAUACUGGAGAGAAACCUUAUAAGUGUAAGCAGUGUAAUAAAGCAUUCAGCCAGCUUGCACACCUUGCUCAACAUCAGAGGGUUCACACUGGAGAAAAACCCUAUGAAUGUAUUGAAUGUGGGAAGGCUUUUAGUGAUUGUUCAUCCUUAGCUCAUCAUCGAAGGAUUCACACUGGGAAAAGACCCUAUGAAUGUAUUGACUGUGGGAAAGCUUUCAGGCAAAAUGCUUCUCUUAUACGUCAUCGGCGAUAUUAUCAUACUGGAGAGAAACCCUUUGACUGCAUUGAUUGUGGAAAGGCUUUCACUGAUCACAUAGGGCUUAUUCAGCAUAAGAGAAUUCAUACUGGAGAGAGACCUUAUAAAUGUAAUGUGUGUGGGAAGGCUUUUAGCCAUGGCUCAUCUCUGACAGUACAUCAGAGAAUUCAUACAGGAGAGAAACCUUAUGAAUGCAAUAUCUGUGAGAAAGCCUUCAGCCAUCGUGGGUCUCUUACUCUUCAUCAAAGAGUUCAUACUGGAGAGAAACCCUAUGAAUGUAAAGAAUGUGGGAAAGCUUUCCGGCAGAGCACGCAUCUUGCUCAUCAUCAGAGAAUUCAUACUGGAGAGAAACCUUAUGAAUGUAAGGAAUGCAGCAAAACCUUCAGCCAGAAUGCACACCUUGUACAACAUCAGAAAAUACACACUGGGGAGAAACCUUAUGAAUGUAAGGAAUGUGGUAAGGCCUUCAGUCAGAUUGCACACCUUGUUCAGCACCAGAGAGUUCAUACUGGUGAGAAGCCUUAUGAAUGUAUCGAAUGUGGGAAGGCCUUUAGUGAUGGCUCAUAUCUUGUUCAGCAUCAGAGACUCCACACUGGCAAAAGACCAUAUGAAUGUCUUGAAUGUGGGAAGGCAUUCAGACAGAGGGCAUCCCUGAUUUGUCAUCAGAGAUGUCAUACUGGUGAGAAACCUUAUGAAUGUAAUGUUUGUGGGAAAGCCUUUAGCCAUCGUAAAUCCCUUACUCUACAUCAGAGAAUUCAUACAGGAGAGAAACCUUAUGAGUGUAAAGAAUGUAGCAAAGCCUUCAGCCAGGUUGCCCAUCUUACACUACAUAAGAGAAUUCAUACUGGAGAAAGGCCCUAUGAGUGUAAAGAAUGUGGAAAAGCCUUCAGGCAGAGUGUACACCUUGCACAUCAUCAGCGAAUUCAUACUGGAGAGUUAUCAGUUAUUCUCUCCUCUGCCCUCCCAUACCACCAAGUCCUAUAGAUUCAAUCUUGUAAAUGCCUCUAGAAUCCAUCUGCUUUUUUUUCCAGCACAUGUCACAUCAUCAUAGUCCAAGGUGCAACCAUCUCAUCUGGAUUUCUGCAAUACUGUAACUCUUGCCCUUUUUGCUCCUAUCAAGUACACGUUUAACAUUGUAGGCAGCCUACUCUUUGAAAAAUAAAAAUACAUAUUUAUGUUACCUUCUCAUUUAAAACACUUGAUUUGAAAAAUAUAUUAACUAAUCCAUUUCAAGGGUUUAGUACACACUAUUUGGCAUAUAGUUAGUGUCAAAUAAUUGCUAGCCAUAAGGUAAAGUUUCCUUACAAACUAUCAUAUUAAGCCACAAGUAAACCAAACCAGUAAGUCAAGACUAAGAUUUUAGAGCAGACAGAAGACUGUACUUUCCUGGUAGAGAGAAGGAGAUGAACAAACUCAGAAUUUAAAGAUGUAUGGUACACAAGGUAACAUGGUAGCUUAUCACUCCCUCUGUGACAUUGUUGAUGAGGAACUCUCACUUGACCUGAUACUGAGAAGAGAGAAUCAGCCAAUUAGAACAAAAGCUUUUUGCUGGGCGUGGUGGCUCAUGCCUAUAACCCCAGCACUUUGGGAGGCCAAGGCAGGCAGAUAGCUUGAGCUCAGGAGUUUGAGAUCAGCCUGAGUGACAUGGUGAAAUCUUAUCUCUACAAAAAAACACAAAAAUUAGCCUGGCAUAAUGGUACACACCUGUAGUCCUAGCUACUCGGGAGGCUGAGACAGGAGGAUCACUGGAGCCAGGAGGCAGAGGCUGCAGUGAGUCAUGAUCACACAACUGCAAUUCAAGCCUGGGCAGCAGAGCCAGGCUGGAAGAAAAAUUUAAAAAGAACAAAAGCAUUUGGUAGAAUGCAGAAAUGUAGAACUAACCACUAACCUGGGGAGUAGUAUUAAAAGUAACAAGCCAAAAAACUUGAAUAGAUUAAUAGCCAUGAAACAAACUAAAAGGGUAAAUACUUUCACUUUUGUAAAAGUACCACAGGCAAUUUCUGUGGUGUUUAAAUAGUCCUAGCAUAAAAUAAAAUGCAAACUUUCCAUCUUCAUCCUUGAGAUUGACAGGACAUGCCAAAACAUAAAAAUAUGUACACUGCAAUUAGCUUCUGAAUGUAGAUGUUACAAUUUAAACUUAUUUUCAAAAUAUUAAAAAAUAGGAAGGCUAGACAUGUCUCUGUAUAGAAAAUCUGAUAAAGAUAUUUCUAAGUUAAAUUUGUAAAUUCAUGGAUAUUCAAAUAAAAAUAACAGAUUCCAAUAAAAAUCUCCAAUAUAUUUUUUAGUUGAGAAGCUAAUUUGGAUCAUCUGUAGAAUUUUGAUUUUAGCAAGGAAUGUAGUUUACACUGGGAAUGUAGUACUAAUACUAAUUGAACAUUUGCUAAUGUGUCACACACUGUUUUAGGUGCUGGGGGAUACAACAAGGUACAAAAUGGACAAAAAUAUUUGCUCUUACAGAUCUAGUAGAAAAGAAUAAAUACAUGCCUUGUGAUAAAUACAUAGUAUGUCCCAUAAAGAGAAAUGGUCUAAAAAAGAAGCUAGGAAGUGCUGGAUCAGGCACCUUACUAUCCACAGAGGAUGAGGGAAGAACUAAAGGUAACUGUGAGACACAAAAGGCAUAAUGAAAACAGUCAUCAUAAUCUCAAGGCAGAUAUUAUGAUGCUUUGAGUGUUGGAGGAAAGGAGGAUUGAUGGUUUAGCAGAGAUUGUGGCAGUUAUGUUCACUCAUAUAAAUGUUGAUUUAGAGGCUGUUGGAAGGAUAUUUUUUGAGUGAUAGCUUUAUUGAGAAAUAAUUCACAUACUAAGCAAUUCUGCAGAAGAACACCCAUGUCAUAUCCUCUCUGUAUCCAUCAGCAGAAGUGAAGAGGGAGCCCCAAAGCUCCACUUAAAGUGUACAACUUACAGCUUUUAGUUCAUUCACAGAGUUGUGCAACCAUCACCAUGGUCAAUUUUAGAACAUUUUCAUCACCUCAAAGAGGAAUUCCAUGUCCUUUUGUGUAAUGUUUAUCCCUGGAAGAGUACUUUUUUUUUCAAACUGAAGCACCCAGAGCUCUUGGGUUCCCUCUUAACUGCUUCCCGUGGCAGUAUACAAUGCCAUGUGAGGAAAGCUCUCAUCCAGAGUACAUGAUUGCUAGAAAAUGGAACUUGGGGCUUCCUCUUUACUUCUGCUGAUAGAAGCAUAGUGGCUAGGGGAUGGGUAGUCUCAUGAGAGAAUGUGGAGCUUUCAGACUCCCCUCAUAUAAAAUGAAAAGUAUUUUUCAUUGUAGUGGGGAAAAGGUGGUUUGAUCAGAUGUCAUUGGGAAACUUAGCUCACUACAAAAACAGAUCUGUACAGAUCUGUACCUUUCACACUAACAAAGGCCUAAGAGAUUAAAGGUCUAAAUGUAAAAUUAAUGUACAUGAAAAACAGAAUAAUAUUUCUGUACCCUUGGUUUCAAAUAGACUUUAGGCAUUAAUGCAUAACCCCAAAGCUGACAUUCGAUUUUUAUAUGGUAGAAAACAUCACAGUCAGAUGAAUGAGAGACUGACACAAAAUGUUUGCAACAAAUAUAACAAAGAACCCUAAUUCAUGAUAUUCAAAGUACUAUUACAAACCAAUAACACUGUGCAACUUAGAAAAAUGGACAAAACUAAUGGUCCAUUCACAAAAGAUGAAAUAAAAGCAGUUAAUGAAAAUUAUCCAAUAUCACUAGAAACCAAGGAAAUGCAAAUUAAAGUGAUUAUAUACUUUUUCCCCAAAAGACUAAUCAAUUGAUAACAUCCAGUAUUGGUGAAUAUGUGUAAACAAGGCAAUUCCAUUGUUGAUUCUAUAUCUAUUGCUUUUUGUAUAUACCCUUUGAAUUAAUAUUCCUUGGAAACCAACAUAUACAAAGAUAGAUAAAUGUAUUAGUGGCAAAAAAAAUUAAUGGUAAACUAUUAACCUAAGUUCCCAUCAGGGUAAUGAAUAAAUUAAUUAUGGUAUAUAUCCAUUCAAUCGGAAUUAUGCAGCUGUUGAAAAAAUAUAAAUGUGUAUAGUCAUAGAAAGAUAGCUGUGCUAUACUAAAUGAAAAAUUAUAGACCUGUAUUGUAGUAUAGACUCGUAAUAUCAAAAAUAAAAAUAUAUAUUA